UAUAUGAGAAUCUCCUCAUAAUACCGCUGACGGAUUAUGAGGUUCUUCAACGCUCUCGUACGUAAUCGUAGAUUAUUUGCCACAUAUGUCCAAGGAUCACGUCCUACGAAUCCCAAAUAUGGACGUCAGUAUUUCUACCAUGUUGAUGAGCAUGGACAGUUAUUCUUGGAGGAUACCAAAGUGAAGAACUUUAUCACCGCGUACAAAGACAAAGCCUUCUUGAACUUCUUUUAUAAAAGGUUGACGAUCAAUACGACUGGAAUGUACGAAUCAUUCCCGUACGUAUCUUUAUGUGGGAAAGAAAUCAACUUUCUCAAAAGCGGCGGUACGUCGCCUAUAGUAUUUUCAGAGAUCGACGCUGGUUACCUCAUAUACGGCGGUACAUUGAAGUUCGAAUUCCAACCCACUAAACUAGAGUUCAGUGUCGAUGGUAGGCUAUUCCAUCCUUCCCCUAAGCCAAAAGUCUGCGAGAUGGCUCUGAUUGGGUCUAAGUUGGCUAUUAGUCUAUCAAAACAAAUGUCCUUCGAGCCCAACGAGUUUGGCGACGGGUACGCAAUGCUCGACUACGACGGGCAUGCCUAUCCAGUACGUAUCGUAGAGUUGGAUCCCUAAAAAUAGUUUGUAGACUUUCAAGGGAGCGAUAUCUUGAUAUUGUAUUUAUGUCAAUAGGCCGGCCAGCAGCACAAUCUCAAGGCACAAGCACUGCAACACCCGCGCGAUGUACACCGUGAAUGUUUACGUUCAACGUUCAUAUUGUGAUGGCCCUAUAGUUGUAGCUUAAGGUGCAUUAUCGGAACUAUGAGGUUCAAAGUACUCCUAUAUUCCUCUUAGGAUGUCCGUUUAUUGCCAAUAACAAGUCGAUCGAUUUUUGUCAGUCUUUUGGCCUAUAUAAACGUUCUAAAGAAAGAUUAUAUAUAUCGUUUGGCCU